AUGGGAGAUAAUUGUCUCUCUGAUUUUGGAUCAAGCAUCAAGACCGAUCCAUGGCUUGUGAUCUGUUUCAGGACCGUCUCACUCGAUCUCUCCCGUUUCUGCAUCUGCUUCCUUCCUUUCUCCGUCUUCAUGGAGCAGCUUUUGGAUGCAGCAGAUACCGGUGAUCUAGAGGCACUGCAAACGGCCUUCGAUGGCCUCCCGGCCGUACGUGGAACCACUGCUCUGACACAACGGCGUAAGAUACUCGGAAAAGCACUCUACUCCACCAUCUGUACGUGGAGAAGCGGCUGCCCUCGCUCCUGCGGUCACUUCGCAUGUUUCGAGUUCCUCUUGACAGCUGGAGCAGAUGUGAAGUACAAGAGCGACAAGGAACAAUAUACUUGUUUGCACCGUGCGAUGGAUGCUCAUAGACCGAUGCCUUAUGUCCGCCUCCUCACUGCUCAUGGAGCAGAUCUCGAAGCUAGGGACUGGUUGGGCGUCUCUCCUCUCGCUGCUGCAUGUUCUGGAGACAAGCCAGAGUGUGUUGUGCAUCUGCUGGAAGCUGGAGCAGAGAGAGAUGCUCUGAUUUGUGGUGGCAGUACUGCUCUGCAUUUCGCUUGCACUGGACCAAGCUUGCCUUGUAUCAAGAUUUUCCUUGAGGGUGGAGUAUCUGUGGAUAGUCGGUCAGGCGACGGGUAUACGCCUCUGCAUUCUGCAUGCGAAGUUGGUGAUGUAGAUACUGUGACGUAUCUUCUCCAACGUGGUGCAGACAAGGAGCUUACUACUACUGGAGGAGAUGGAGUCACUGCUUUGCAUUUAGCUUGUCGGGAUGGGCACUCAGAAUGUGUUCGGCUUCUCGUAGUCAACGGUGCAAAUAAGGAUGCGACAGACAAUGACGGCCUGACUCCGUUGAUGUAUGCUGUACUUAGCCGGCUAUCAACUUGUGUGAAAGUAGUGAAAGUUCUUAUCAAAAAUGACGUUAAUGUGAAUGUACGUGUACGUGGCCCAUCGAAGGAAACAGCGCUGCAUAAGGCGGUCGAUCUUGUUCUUGACUGGGACCCUCAGAUACCACUCAAAUUGAUAAAGCUUUUAGCUCCACUUAGCAGUCCUGAGAUUAUCAAGGAGGCAAUCAGCGAAGCCGUCAGUGUUGAAGUGAGGGAGCUAUUGCAGUCGUAUCUGGACGAGAGUUGA